UCGUUUCAACAGACUACCAACCGCGACCCCAAGCCAACACCGCAUGAGCCCAUUCCGUCGCACCGUGUCGUCGGCCAACGUCUAUCCCUCUUCAACGCGCGCCGCGGUUGGAUCGCAGUUUCGAUGACGUCACUCGCUCGAUGACCUCGCGCCCCCUCUCACCGCCACCAUCCCCUUCACCGCAACCUCUCCGCCCUGUCGCGUCCCCUCUCGCUCGCUCCGCGAAUGCCGCUCACUCAACCAGGGCCGCCAAUGGCGCAACUCCCUCGGGGGACCGCGACUCCCUCCCCUCCAUCACCGCGCCGCUCGUUAUCAGCCCACUAGUUGCGCCUCGGCUUGCUGAUUGCGCCAGCGGCACGCGCCUCGGCAGCAAUGCAGGCGGUCAAGCAGCAGGCGGCUGCGGCCCGUAGACGCGCCACUUGGCAGGUGGGGCGGUUCGGCUUUAGAGGCGGCCGGUGGGUGCGGUGGGCGACGCUACUAUUGAUCCCCGUGGCGUAUCUCUUAACUCUCCGCAUCUACCUCCUCCUGCACCCGGGCGACGCGACCAGCCACGUCAGCGGCGGAGGCUACCACGUGUCGCUGCUGCAGCUGCGCCUUAAUCCUCGCGGAAUGCGCGCGCUCAUCCGGGGACAGGCGGGUGCGGUGGCGAACAGGGGUGCCGGGAACGGGACAGGGGGGGAAGCGAGCGCUAGUGGGGGAAAGGCGGUGCUGGAUGCGCUGAUGGCAGAAGGCGCGGCGGUGAAGGGGAAGCCCCCCUCACGAGUGGCCAUCUGCCUGGUGGGCGGCGCAAGGGAGUUCCACCUCACGGCCCCCACGCUGCUGCGCUAUCUGCUGCCCGCCUACCCCUCCGCACACGUCUUCCUGCUGGCCCCCCUCGACCACUCCGCCCACCGCCUCUCCCUGCUCGCCUGGCCGCGCCUGGGGGAGGGGGCGGGGGCGGGAGGGGGAGUGGGGAUGGGGGGAGGGCUGGAGAUGGGGAUUGGAGAAGGGGAAGGGGAAGGGGAAGGGGAAGGCCCGGGGUAUUCCCUGGUGCAGGUGAGUGUGCUGCCGGACGUGCCGGUGAAUGAGACAAGAAUCACCAACCGGCUGUUGGAGGUGGUGGAGGGCAGUGAGGCGCAGACGCGGCAGGGGCUGAUGCAGCAGUUCAAAGCGGUGGAGCUCUGCGUUACCGCCAUCACGCGUUACGAGCGCGCACACGCGAUCCGAUACGAUUGGAUUCUGCGCACGCGGGUCGACGGGUACUGGAUGGGCCCGCCGCCGCCCCUGGCGGUGCUGGAUCCGAUUGCGUACACGAUCCCGGGCGGCAGCGACUGGGGCGGGCUGAACGACCGGCUGGGGAUGGGCGGCAGGAAGGCGAGCUGGAAGGCGCUGCGGCGGCUGAGCGUGCUGCGGCCACUGGUGGAGCAGGGGGGAUACAGCGAGCUGAACGCAGAAAGGGUCUACCUGGCGCAGAUGGCGUUCCUGCAAGUGCAGGUGGCGCGCUACGACUUCCCCUUCUGCAUCCUCAGCCGCAAGAAGGGCCUCCCUGCCUUCCCCGUCGCCGCCUCCCUCUCCUCCACCUCCGCCGCCCUCAACGGCGCCAAGUGUCGCCCGUGCCGCCCCACCGUGGUCGGCGGCCAGGCGGCAAAGUACAUCCUCGCCCUCCCGGAGCGAAUCUUCGGCGCACAGCCCCACGGGAUCGACCUAUGUCGAGCCGAGGACGACUGGGCGGCAGACUGGAGGGAGAUCUUCGACAGGGAUGCGGGGGCAGUGGCAGCAGCGGUGCGGCAGUACUCGGAGAGCCGCACCUUUGAGGAAUGUGUGGAGGACUGGCGGCACUUCAGGCAGCAAGUCGACGUGUGGGAUGCGCCCCCGCCCGUGUCUAUCUGCGUGCGCGGGCUUCUGGGAAAGUUCCACAAGAUGGGGUAUCCGGGGGGAGAUUUCCCGGUGUUUUUGGACCCGUGGGUGCCGCCGAGGGAGGGGAGGAGGGGACGGAAGCCGGUGGUGUAUUCGGUGGUGGCGGGGGUGGAUUACAGCCUGGACUGGGCUCUAAUGCGGAAGCUGCGGUGCCGCGUGCACGCGUUUGACAGCACGCCAGAGGGGCUGCGGUGGAUAGGAGACAAGAUAGACAACCUGCCGCCCGCGUCCUGGGUGCACCACGCGUGGAUGCUGGGGCCGGAGGACCGCCCUCUCAAGGUGCACCCCCUAGACAUCGCAGACCACCCCAUGGAGUACGCCCUAGAGCCCCCCCCCCACAUGGACGCCUCGUCACUGCUGCCACCCAUCCACGUGGAGGCCAUGACAGUGGAAGCUACCAUGAAGCUUCUCAACCACUCCAUCGUGGACAUCUUGAGAAUCGGCGGGCACGUGUCGCUGCACGAAGCCAUCUUCCAGGCGUGGAUUCACGCCAAGCGCGCCCCGCCCGUAUGCCAGAUCAUAAUCUCCUUCCAUCACGGCGACAAGCACUAUGGGAGCGCAGAGACACAGCAGGAACUGCUCGCGUUGCGCUCGUUAGGGCUUGAGCUGGGCGUGUGUAUAAGAAAGGAUAAACUGUAUGAAAGUUGUGUACUCUUCUCAGUACACCAUUGCAAGUACGAUAUUACAUAAUGCAAAAAAUUAUAAUUUUUAAC